AUGCUAUCAAAUCAAAUCAAUCUAACAAAUAAUACAAUGACAACCACAACACCGUUGAUUGUACUAUUUAAUGAUAAUAAUACAAAUUCAACGAAUAAAUCAUUAUUGAUUUCAUCAUCAAAUAAACAUGGUUUUUUAUGGGAAUUUAAUUUGAAUUUUAUUAUUUUAUUAGCAUUGGGUUUGAUUUUUGUAGUAUUUCUUAUUAGUAUUGGUUUAUGGUAUUGGUGUAAACGUGUUAAUCAUUUACGUCGAGAACAUUCAUUACCUUUGAGUAUUAAUGAUUUUAUUGAAACAACUAAAAUUCAAGAAAAACGUUUAUCAUCUAGUUCAAUAAAUAAUAAGAUUAGUAACAUAUUAACAAAACCUCCACCUGUUCCACCACGUCCUACAGCUUAUACAACAAUUCUUGGUAAAAUUGAAUAUCGAUCAAAUCUUUAA